GUGUGUGUGUGUUUAAGAUUUAAAGGAAAACGGGCAGGGAAAUUCCCAAAAUAAAAGACUGUCGACCCAAAACAAGGGAAGAGGGACAUGGGUUUUUCCUACUGGAGUGUUUACUAAUACCAGCUUGACACACUCAAGGAACACGGUUACCAUGGCAACAGAGGAAAAGCAAGAGAGACCUGUCACAUACCCAUGGCUGAAAGAUAAAGUUCUUGGGACAGGAGGCUUUGGCACGGUCACAUUAUGGCGGCACACCGAUACUGGGGAGACGAUAGCUCUAAAAAAGUGUCGUUGGGGUACACCUGGCACGGGCACUGAAAAUAUACUCACUCCUAAGCAUGUGGAACGAUGGGAGAAAGAAGUGGAAAUAAUGAAUCGACUGAGUCAUUCGGCUGUUGUGCGGUGCUUCCAGGUCCCAGCAGAGUUGACGGGCCCUCCAGGAGACCUGCCUAUGUUGUGUAUGGAGUAUUGCAGCUUGGGAGACUUGAGAAAAGUUUUGAACAAACCUGAAAAUUGUUGUGGGCUGCGUGAAGCUUCUGUGAGGGCAUGCAUAAGGGAUAUAACGGAGGCUGUGGCUUAUUUGCACUCAAUGAGGAUCAUCCACAGAGAUCUUAAACCAGAAAAUAUUGUUCUUCAAGAUGUUGAUGGAAAGAUUGUGUACAAACUCAUCGAUCUUGGAUACGCUAAAGAACUAGACCACAGUAGUGUGUGCACUUCCUUUGUGGGCACACUCCAGUACCUGGCACCAGAACUCUUCCUUAGCAAGAGAUACACUUGUACUGUUGAUUAUUGGAGCUUAGGUCUUGUCACACAUGAAAUCAUCACUGGUGUCAGGCCUUUCUUGCCAAACAUGACCCCUGUAGAGUGGAUGAAGAGAGUACGAACGAAGCAGUCAAACCACAUUUGUGUAUAUGAAGGUCGAAAUGGGGAUGUGCAGUUUUCUGCUCAUAUGUUUCCAGAAUCCCAUAUUUCAUCACCAUUCAGGCUACGGCUAGAGGAGUGGCUGAGGGUGAUGCUAGAGUGGGAACCAGGUGUGAGGGGCCAAGUCCAGGGAGAAGAUGGCAGCAAAAAGGUGUUGGCAUUCACCAUGAUUAAUGAUAUUCUCAAUAAAAAGAUGAUCAAAGUAUUUGUUGUUGAUUUAUGCUGUCUGCUGGAGUAUGAAGUAACAGAAAGCAGCUCUUUGUCUGAAGUGCAGAAAUGGGUGGCUCAGGACAGUGGUGUAGCCAUAGAGGAUCAGCGACCACUUUUACCAAGAGGUCAGCCUCCUGACCCAACUCGACCAGCCAUUCAGUGCUGGGCUCCACCAGAUGAAGAUGAGUGGCUGUUGUACAUCUUUGCGGAGGGAAUGACUCGACCACAAGUGCCUCCUCACUUCCCUCCACUAGUAGAAGCCAUGUUACGGGAGCCAAGAACCACAGUGGACUAUCAGACCCAGCGAAGGAUGUGGUCUCAUGCCAUGUUCUUCCUUCAGAGAGAGGCACGGCUUCUGGCUCUCCUGAUGCAAGCACAGAAGGUGUCAAUGCUCCAUUUGAUGUCAGGCCAUGCACAGCUCACAAAAACUGGCCAAAGGAUGCUCAGUGAUAUAGCAAAGUUACAAGCCCGCCAUCAUCUCUUCAUGGAGGCUCUCAACACUGACUUGGAUUACUAUGAUGAACAGGCAUCUUCUGGAAGGCUUACAUCUGAGAAACUAUACAGUGGAUGGCGUGAUAUGGGAGAGAUCACCUUGCGGCAAGUGCAUGUGGUGGUUGAGCGAGUGCAGCAGCUGGAAGGUUCCCUCACCGCCCUCAACACCCGGAUCCUUGAACUCCAGUGCUCGCCUUUUGCUCGUGCAAGAUCCAAUGACACUUUGGAAAAUAUUAUAUCGGCUGGGGAGGAAUUGUACUGCACCAUGCGCCGACGGAACAAGGAACAGAGGGCCACAGCUCAUGACAACACUGAUAUGUGCAAAUUGCUACUGCAGGCCCUUAGGAAGAGGGAUAGGUUACAGCAGGAUCUCUUUAAGCAUAUAGAGAAACAAAGUGAGUGUUGCAGUGAGGUGGCUGAAUUGUCAUCACCCCUGGAAACUGUUUUGGAAGAUGCUGCCAGAACUGCCCAGCACAUAUCAUCCCUUCAAAAGCAACGACAGAAGGAUAUAUGGAAAAUAAUGGAAAUAGCUAUAAACCACAGCCGAAGUGUUGGGAAUCCUAGUUCGCUGCCAGCAAAUAUGCAGCCAAUUCCUAAUGCCAAGCAUUUGGCUAAGAAACCACCCUCUCCUGCAGCCCUCAGUUCUCUCUCUGCAUUGCUAGAGAAGUCAGGGAAAGAGGCAGAUGCCAUUAUUGCCGAAAACAGGGCUCUUCGUUGUCAAAUGGUUGAAAUGCUGACUGGAAGUGUGAAUUCUACUCUUGUGAUUGGUAGUAAUAAGAUAGGAGAUGCAACAGCUCCCUCAGUUCCUGUUGAAGGCCUGCCCACUCCUGGCAGCCCUUCCCAUAUGGUACACUCUUCAUCUCCAUCUUCAUUGGCUCCUAUGAAAAAAGCAGUGGAAACCUCUUUAUAGCAUGAAAAAUAGUCACAAUAGUCACCAUAUCAGGUCUGUCUGCAUAUGAAUAUAUCCACUUGCUGCCUGUAUUUGGAGGUGCCAUUUGUUUUACUGCGAUUUCUACAAUGAGAGUUCUUGCAUUUUACAUUUAAUGCAUUAUUGAGAGUAUAGUAAAAUUAUUGUAAUGCGUUUAGUAUUGCUUACAUUUUUGUUUAAAAUGUCUGCAACGUCAAUCUGUCUGUAUGGUAUGUGUAUAUACUAUAACAAGGUGAUCUUGCUAUGGGUUGUUAUCUAGUCAUUUUAUACUAAAACAAAGCUACUAAUAAACUAUAUGAAUAGAUAUUUA